AUGCAGACCAGUCAAAUGGCUCAGAAGAAAAGGAAGCAAAUUCGAAGAACACUGGGUCACUUAACAUCUCGUGCACAGCAACGAUACGGAGUAGUCAGACUCAAAGAAAAGUUAGCCAGCCCCGUCGUGUUCUGCCCAAAGUUGGUACCAAGGAGAGAAAAGCAAUUCUCGCAGAGGACGCUAAGCGGCGUACACGUGAUUCAGCAAACAAAUAUCGCUGUCCUCACUGCACAUAUUCUGCUCCAUUUCCCAGCAAGAUCAAACGUCACAUUCACAACAAACAUAGUGUUCGACGAAUACUCAGAACUGCGUGCGCAUGCCGCAAAAGAACACCCGACAGUUCAUCGUUGUCAGUAUUGCCAGUUUUCUAAUAAGAUACUUGCCGAAGUUCGAAAGCAUACUGUCUCUAACCAUGAAAAAGGUGUCGCUUGUACUGUGGCCGGCUGCAAUAUGCGCGUUGCAAGGAGGCGCUUAAGACAUCACUUGCAAACCAUGCACCCAGAAAGGAUACCGUCCUCAUGUCCACGUGACGUGCAUUCAAAAGUUUCCUUGGCUGAAGACGAUUCAUGCUUCACAUGCUCUCAUUUGUUCACGAAAGAGGAAUACUGUGCCCAAUGCCGGAUUGCACUCUUUACAUUUUGCUGGGUGAUCUGGAUAAUCACUUGCGUUCGGUUCACGGGAGAAUGUGACGGUAGUCCUCAGGAAGAAAUCGCCAGUGCCCGAGAAUUUGAGGAAACGAGUUGCUCUUCAGUGCCGGUAUCCGUGACCAGACGGUUGGCUAGUUGUACAACGGCAUCGGUAUCAGAAUGUGUGUCAACGUCAAACAAUUCAGACGAUCUGCCUUCAGAUUGCGAUGAGCUUGAUGUCCCUGAGAAACCUUCGUUUGGAAAACUGAAAGGGAAUGGUGUUGGUAUGCAGUGCGCUCUGUGUGGAAAAUACUAUCGGAAUCCAUAUCUUUUGAAGAGGCACAUACGUAGUGUACACGACAAAGCGUACUCUCAAUAUAGAAGGACGAGGAAGAAUGUAUGCAGUUGGGAAGGGUGUGAAAAGGCUUUCACUACUCCUGGUCUACUAGAGGAUCACAUGAAUUACCACAAAGGAAUAACACCGUAUCGCUGCAAUUCAUGCGACAUGUCGUUUGCGGCGAGAGCUCGAUUUGCUGUUCAUCUUUCUAAAUAUCACAGAAUGAGCAUACGUGAUUAUACAAGCAUGGCAGGUUUGCUAGCACCUUCUAAAGUUUCUGGCUCAACUCAGGAAUCUUAA